AUGUUGGACCCAGAUAUUUCAAAUGCUUUAGCUGCCAAAUAUAUUGCAGUUCCACUUAUGUUCCCUAUACACCAAAUAUCUGUCAAAGACUUUGCAGGUGAAGUUGGAAACCAAAGUGCUGACCCAGGUGCAAGAACAGAUAUUGCCUUAACAACUGCAAUGAAACAUGCAGAUACUAUGUUUGUACUGUUCAGACGAACUAUAAAUGACUAUUCUUGUUUCUACAACCCUGGUAUUAAAUAUCAUAUAAACAUAGAUGGCAAAUAUUAUCCAAGAGAAGAAUAUUCUACAGUUGAGGAUAUGAGGUCAUACAACUUGACAUUAGAUGCUAUGAACUUUAACAACAACUUCACAACAACCAUUAACCCUGAAAUGCAAAGUUCUAUUAUGCCAUAUGUGAAAGUAUGGACUCAUACAGGAGGUCAAAAAACUCAAUAUACAAAUGGAGACCGUUCAAACUUUUGGCUUGGCAUUCCAUUUGCUGACUCAGAAGACUUUAUGGGUGGUAUUUCAACUGUUGGUACAGUUCAAAUACAAUAUACUGGUGACAGAGACGGUCCAGAUGAAUUGAAAGCAAAGAAGUUUACAAAACCAAUAGCACUUUUCACGGAAGAUGCUCUUUUGAAGAUUC